AUGGAAGAUUACAACUAUAUUGUAGCAUGCAUACCAGGCGAACUUGUCAUUGAAAUUCUGAAAAAGCUUCCUGCUAAGUCUUUAAUGAAGUUUAAAUGCGUUUCGAAAUCCUUUUACUCUCUUAUAUCAGAUCCUUUUUUCAUUGAAUCACAUCAAAAAAGUUAUAUAACUCAAUUCUUCGUAAAUCGUCCAAGAAUGACAUAUUAUAGAUUAUCAAAAAGUGAAGAACGUGAUGAAGACUUAGCUACUUGUCCCCUUGAAUACUUAGAUCAAUCAUGUUUUCAAAAUCUUAGGUAUAUGCAAUCAACCAAUGGCCUAGUUUGUCUAUGGAAUGAUCUUGGAGACAUUGCUAUUUGCAAUCCUUUCAUAAAACAACAUGUCUUUCUUCCUUGUCAACUACAUAAGGGAAGUACGUUUUACGCAAUUGGUUUUGAUACUACCACCAAAAGACAUAAAGUAUUCAACGCAGAAAUCUUUCGAGGUGGUAAAUUGAUAUGUUCGAUUUUCACCAUUGGUAUAGACAAAUCGUGGAGAGAGGUUUCUAGUUACAUCAAUUUUCGUCCUACGGAUGACAAUUGUGUUUGUAUCGAUGGAGUCAUUUAUUUCGUAAAUAAUUACAUACGUGACAUAGUUGCAUUCAGUGUUGUUGAUGAAAAAUUCAUUAGAAGAAUUCCAUUCCCUAUUAAUGAAUGGCCAUUGAGGUUGUUCAACUUUACUCCACUAUUAGUAGAAACAAAGGGACAAGUUGCAAUUUUAGGUCAUGUAUAUUUUAAUUUUGGCAAAAUUGCUUUAUACAUUCUCAAUGGUACUAGUGAAAUUGAGCCAUGGGUGAAACAUACAAUUGAGUUACCAUUAGAAUUCAAAAAAAUAACUCAUUCUUUUUGUUUUUUAUUAACCACCAAUCCAAAAGGAGACAUAUUGUCAAUUCCAGAGAUUAAGAAUCCACCAUUGUUCUUAUAUGACAAUGAAAAGAAAGAAUGGAGAAUAGUUGCAAGAAAUAGAAUUUAUGGACAAAAUUUCCAUAUUCAAGAUGGGGCUCAAAUUUACCUAAAUCUUGUGGAGAGUAUUUGGUCCUUGAAAUAA